UAAAGGCAGUGAAACCAUCAAUCACUCUUUACAAUGAAAAAAUACACAUUAUUGCCAAUUCAAACUCAGCAAAAUAUAUAUAUAUAUACAUGAUAUAAAAAAGAAAACAAGCAAGCCGGCCGAGAACAGCUAAUCAUCCAUCUCUUUGGCCGACUUUGUCCACCCCAAUAUCUCUUUAUGAUCUCGAGCCAAAUCCCCUCUUGCUCAUCUCUUGUAAUCCUUCAUCAUUCAUUACUCAUUACAAGGAAACAACCUCAAAAAAACAUCCCAAAAUCUCAUGCAACAAACAUAGCAUGGCGCCCACCACUCAUUCUUGGUUCUUGAUCCUCUUCAUGCUGUCUGUGUGUGCUCUUCCAUCAUCAUCCGACGACAGGGCGAGUCUGCUCAGCUUCGCAGGCUACCUCACUAACGCACAGACUCUGCUGCAGAAUUGGACCAAUUCAGUAGCUUUGUGCAGUGGAAACACAUCUUCAUGGACUGGAGUCCUCUGUAAACAAGGCACUUUCAACGGACUGAAGCUCGAUAACAUGGGGUUAGGUGGCAAGAUCGACGUGGAUUCGCUCUCCGCGUUGCCUCUCUUCAGCCUCAGCCUCUUCAACAACAGCUUCUCGGGGCCGUUUCCAAGUGAUAUCAAGAAGCUUGGGAAGCUGAGGCGACUGUUUCUGAGCAACAACAAUUUCAGUGGCGAAAUUCCUGAUAAGGCCUUCAUUGGAAUGAAUCCACUGAAGCAAGUGGAUUUGGCAAACAAUGCGUUUGUAGGCAAAAUCCCAACUUCUCUAAUGAGAAUGUCGUCGUUGCUGAAUCUCACGGUGCAGAACAACCAGUUCGUGGGGAAGAUACCUGAUUUUUGGCAGGAGAAUUUGACGGCUAAUUUCGCCAACAAUAGGCUUCACGGCUCCAUCCCUGAUGUGCUCAGUCAUGAGGAUGCUUCCAUGUUUUUUGGCAACCUCGGGCUAUGUGGUCCUCCUCUAGCUCCAUGUCCGAAGAAAUGGUACAAGAAACCGGCGUUCAUCGCAGCAGCAUCCGCCGCGGCCGCAGCCGUCGUAAUAAUCUUCAUCCUCAUCCUGAUAUGGUGCCGCAGGCGAUCACGGCCAAUGAAAUCCCAAAAAUCAGUAAACCUGGGAGAAGCCAAAACAGAGAAAGCAGUGGCCACAGACGAGAAGGGGAAGCUCCAAUUCGUCCGCAGCGGGCGCGACAGAUUCGAGCUCGAAGAUCUGCUCAAGGCAUCCGCAGAGGUCUUAGGAAGCGGCAGCUUCGGCUCUUCUUACAAAGCGGUGCUUCUCACCGGCCAUCCCCACGUCGUCCGCCGCUUCAAACACAUGUCCAACGUCGGAAAAGAGGACUUCCACCGCCACAUGUCCAAGCUCGGCCGCCUCUCCCACCCCAACCUCCUUCCCCUCGUCGCAUUCUACUACAAGAAGGACGAAAAGCUUCUCAUCAGCGACUUCGUCAGCAACGGCAGCCUGGCCAGCCACCUCCACGGCAAGCGGCGCCCGGGCCAGCCGGGCCUCGACUGGCCCACGCGCCUCCGCGUCAUCAAGGGCGUCGCCAGGGGGCUCACGCAUCUCUACCAGGAGUUCCCGGCGCUGGCCCUCCCCCACGGCCACCUCAAAUCCUCCAACGUGCUGCUGGACGACGCGUUCGAGGCGGUGGUGUCGGACUACGCGCUGGCGCCGGUGAUGAACAGGGAGCACGCGCAGCAGUUCAUGGUGGCGUACAAGUCGCCGGAGGCGAUGGGGGUGACGCGGAAGACGGACGUGUGGGGGCUGGGGAUCCUCAUACUGGAGGUGCUCACGGGGCGGUUUCCGGCGGACUACCUGAAGAGCGGGCGGGGGGCGAGCGCCGACCUCGCGACGUGGGUGAACUCGGUGGUGAGGGAGGAGUGGACGGGGGAGGUGUUCGACAAGGAGAUGAGCAUGGCCAGGAACUGCGAGGGCCAAAUGCUGCGGCUACUCAAGAUCGGGAUGUGCUGCUGCGAGUGGGAUGUGGGGAAGAGGUGGGAGAUGAAGGAGGCGGCGGAGAGGAUUGAGGAGUUGAAGGAGAGGGAGAGCGAUGAUGAUUACUCGUCGUAUGCGAGCGAGGGCGACGGCUACUCCUCGUCGAGGGCCAUGACGGAUGAGGACUUCUCGUUUUCGAGGGCGGGCUGAGGGUUAAUGUAGUUUAUGGAUAAACUUACGUUCUUAUAUGUAUUCUUUUUUUUUUUUAAAGGAGGUUGUUUUUUUUAUUUGUAUGUUUGGUUUUUUUAAGUUGUGGGGAAUAAUAGAAGGGUUGUUUUUCGUUUGUUGGUUUGGAUGCA